AUGUACAGUGAUGACCGCUAUGUGGCCUUGAAAAUUCUGAAUGGGUACCACACCGACCUUCUUGCCGCAGGUCGCGUCUGGGAAAUCGAAGCCUUGAGUCGAAUAUCAUCUUCCCCACCGAGCCCACACUGCAUCCGUCUACUGUCAACGUUCAAAUUUCGAGGACGAGAAGAAGAUGGUGAGCACUUGUGCAUAGUCACACCGGUGCUUGCUGGCAACGUGAAAUUCUUAUCCGAGAUAUUGGGAGCGGAGUUCGGAAAUCGCCGGCUUCCUCUCCCUCUUGCAAAACGCAUUGCUCUACAUAUGCUGCGCGGUGUGGCCCAUGCUCACGGUCGUGGAGUCAUCCAUACAGACCUGAAACAUGACAACAUAUUCUUCUCAACUCGCAUGGACGAAGCCGACUUCAAGAGAUUACUCGAAUCUGACCCAGCUCGCCGUCAUCCUCCUGAAUUGUCUGCGAACGGCACUGUGCGCAGUGCAGUCUCACAGCCACUUUCACCUCACACAACGGUCGAAGAAGCUUUGAAAUUGGAUUUUACGGUUGGCGAUUUUGGUAACGCCCAGCAUAUCAGAGAUCACAUUCAAGACGAAAUCACUUCUGUCCAGCUACGCCCUCCUGAAAUUAUUCUUGGAGGCCCAUGGAGUGAAAAAGUCGACAUAUGGUCUGUCGGAUGUCUGUUGUACGAGUUCGUCAUUGGACGACCUCUCUUCCGGUACUGCCCAUGGCCGAAGUAUAAACUGGAUGCGAUGAGCUAUCUUCUCUACCAGAUAAUGGUUUACACCUGUGAAGAUUUCUGGCCAGGACAGCUUGCUGUAAGCAAGCUCUCCGGCGACUACUUUGACGAAACAGGAAAUCUCAAAGCCCACCCGCCUAUGUUCAAUUACCCAUUUGACGUCGCCAUCAAGCGGUCGAAAGUACUAGGGGAUGACGACGCUGACGCUCUGGCAGCUAUAAUGGGUCGAUGUUUGUGUUUGAAUCCUGCUACGAGGGCAACUGCCAGUGAACUUCUAUCCGAUCCUUGGUUCUCUGGAGUAGAAUGA